CUGUCGCGUCUUACUGUACUAAAAUUGUUCCAAAGGGGCUAAGGUUGCCUGGAAGCAUUGGUAUGAAAACAAUAGAUGUGAAUUCACCAUCAGGAUAUACUGUCUGAGCUUCGCGGAGUGUGGAGUGCAUUCGGUAUCAAACUGGUCUUAGACAGCAAUUCUCGCUCGGAGUAUAUUUCGGUAAAUUUAUCAGAUGGAUGAAGUUCGUAUGCCUUACCACAUUGUUAAUUUCUGGCUUUUAGACUUGACAGCAAGUUUCCUUGUAUUUGUGAGCGCGUGGUACGGCAAAAUAAAACGGCGAAGGAUACAAACAGAUGAAGUUGGCGAUUAUGUUAUCACUGUAGUCAAAGAAAAGAAAGUAGGCGAAGGAGAAGAAACAUCGAAGUCACUUUGUCAGGGAUCAUUACGUCGGCUUUUUCUGUAUACGACGUAUUUUGUAAUGAUGGCUGCCUCUGUUGUUCUCUUUGAUUGUUAUCCUUAUUUUAUGAUAUUUUUCCAACACGUAACAGUGAUUUUCUGCAUUUUGAUAACAUUUUUUCAAUGGUUUCAACCUCGGUUGGCGAUGUUCAUUGGAGGGACUUUCUCAACACUCUGGCUUUUGAGCGGGGCCACGACAUUUCGUUGGGUCCUAAAUGAUAUUAUAAUCGCUUUUUUCGGGCUGCUUGUUGGAUACUUGCACUUUAAAAAUUUCCCAUCGCUUCAAAUGUUUCUGUGGCUGGCAGUGGUCUAUGAUGUCUGUCUGGUGAAAAACGUAUAUCUAGGUGUCCCUUCUCUGUUUAGCGCAGGGAAAGGGGAGACAAACUGUGAAACGGUUUUUUGCAAGGCGUUGGAACUCAGUGAAGCUUGGGAAUUGCCAACUAUUUUCACAUUCAAAUUAGGCCCGCGGGAGGAACACGUCUAUCUUGGAGCUGGUGAUAUAAUUAUCGGCUGCAUGGUAUCGAACUUCUCUCAGAUGUUUUUCAGGUCUUCAAAAUACUUGUCUGCAACAGUUUUGACAUACGCAGUAGCCAUUGCUUUACUGAGCCAAGUCGGCGACGAGCCGUAUCCAGCUCUUGUUACAAUUGUUCCUCUGUGCAGCCUUCAGUUGGUCUUGUCCGCCAUUCUUUCCCACAAAACCAGGAGCUUGUUUUCCUUAAAGUGCUUGGAUAGCGAAAGAGAGCGGGAAGGACAUGACAUGAAUAUUCUUCUUUGAAUCUACAAGGUAUUAACAGCCUAAGGUACUUACGUCAGAAUACUUUGAGAAUCGGCUUUCAAAUAAUACCGAAUACGAUUAUGAAAUAAUUGCUUGCAAGGGUACGAGGAACUAAUUGUGUGAGAAUAUGCGACAAAAAUAAAAAAACACCGCCCAAGGGAAGAUUUGAGAUGAGUCGUGAAAAGGUUUGCCGCGGGUUUAAUAAAUGCUAAACCCUUUGCAGACCUCGCGCUGGCUAGCGUUGAUCAAUUAAGGCAUGAUACUUUCCCGCGGGCCAGCAGAUGCUCCUGCCGAAGCCCUUAUAAUAGGAGUGUGCUCUCUGGCUUAGAAGAAAAACUUUUACACAAAAUGAUUAGGUUGUUGUAAACUCACGGUCAAUAGAGAGAGAGAGAAAAGGUUACUUGUAGGGAGAACGUUCGUGCGCUCUUUUGCUCGUAUUUCAUGACGGACUAAAAAGGUUUUUAAAAUCUUCAAAGUAAACAACUUGUGGGUUUGACUCUGUGGUAAUCUUAAUGUGUCACAUUUCAUUUUCUUCACAAAAAUUAAUUUUUUUAACAGAACACAAACAAAUUUGAUUUUCCCAGCUUCUCAAGUGACAGCUGAUUGAUGGGAUUUCAUACUAAUGACGACUUCUGAUU